GUUGUUGAAGUUGUUGAUAUCCAACCAAACAACGCGGUGCGAGUGAAAAAUGAAGGAUACCGGCAUUCUGUAUCUGUAGGUAAAUUUAUUGAAAUUAGAAGAAUUGAUAACGUCGAGUCCGGUGUAAUAUCCAAGUCAUUUUCAAUUUCAAUAAUUGUUCGUCGUUCAUUUCGAGUAACUAGAAUCAUUCUGUUCGAAGCAUUUUGCGCGAGUUGGCGAUCGAGGGUCCGGCUACAAUUUAUUCCUAGUCCCGCGAUUGUGAGAAAUUCAAUUUCAAAAUGAAAUUAGUCAGAUUUUUAAUGAAGCUGAGCCACGAAACCGUGACGAUCGAACUAAAGAAUGGCAAUAUCGUAGUUGGAACUAUUUUAGGAGUUGAUAUCGCCAUGAAUACUCAUUUGAAGUCUGUCAAGUUGGUAAAUAAAAAAGAAUCGAUAAAUUUGGAAUCUAUCAGCGUCCGAGGCAAUAAUAUCAGAUACGUAAUUCUGCCGGAAUCAUUACCACUCGAAACGUUAUUGAUUGACGACACUCCCAAGAGUAAACUCAAGAAGAAAGAUGCCAGAGGAGGUCCUGUUCGUGGAAGAGGAAGAGGCGGACCUCGUCGCGGUGGCCGUGGUGGAAGAGGCAGAGGACGCGGUGGUCCUCGAAGAUGAGUCUUCUUUAUCGUACGAAUCGCUGUAUCUUCUUUUUGUAUUCAUCGUAUGAUUUUUCUUAUGUUUUUAAUUCCUAUUUAUCUAUAAUUAAAAGCUUUAUCGUAA